AAAGGCCCUCACCGGCAUGGGGCUCGAACCCGGACCUUCUUGCUGUGAGGCGACAGCGCUAACCACUACACCACCGUGCCGCCCCUCUUCGGUCCAGUGGUUGAGAAACACUGUCUGAGAUGAUGUUCUCCCCGUGCCUGUGUGAGUUUCCUCUGGGUGCUCCAGUUUCCUCCCACAGCCCAAAGACAUGUACCUUUGGUCAACUGGCUACUCUAAAUUGCCAAUAGGUGUGAAUGUGAGUGUGAAUGGUUCUUUGUCUCUGUGUUAGCCCUGCGAUAGAUUGGUGACCUGCCCAGGCUGUACCUCACGUCUCACUGGGAUUAGCUUCAGCUUGUCCUGCGACCCUGACAGCAAAGCAAUAUAGAUAAUGGACAGAUGAGUUGAACAAACUUUAUGCUUACUUUGUUACAGUAAUAAAGCCUUAUGGAAAAAAAAUAGUCAAAGCAUGCCAUUUUUCUAACAUCAAGAUUUUUUGGGUCCACUUCCAGACUGAUGCUUUCAAGCAAUUCCUCUAAAAAGCGUGGUAACAUCAGUUUUGAUUUUCACAUAUCAUGCCAGGAAGCAUGACAUGUAUCAGUUUACCCAAUGGCCCACUAUACCAGAGUUCACUCCAUGAUAUAAUUUAACUGUUAUGCCCAAGUGACUUUUUAUGCCUCCACCACCGUAAGGUGCAGGAGGCAUUAUGUUUUCGGGUUGUCCGUCCGUGCGUGCGUGUGUCCGUCCCGAAACCUUGUGAACACAAUAUCGCCAAGUUAGAUGAAAGGAAUUUCACCAAACUUUCACCAUUUGUGCAUUUGGGGACAAAGAUAAACUGAUUAGAUUUUGAGAUCAAAAGGUCUAAGGUCAAGGUCACUGUAAGGUCAAAUGUCUGUCUGCCAACCUUGUGAACACAAUAUCGCCAAGUUAGAUGAAAGGAAUUUCACCAAACUUUCACCAUUUGUGCAUUUGGGGACAAAGAUAAACUGAUUAGAUUUUGAGAUCAAAAGGUCUAAGGUCAAGGUCACUGUGAGGUCAAAUGUCUGUCUGAAAACCUUGUGAACACAAUAUCUCCAAGGCUGAUACAAGUAAUUUCACCAGGUCAAGAUUACUGUGAGGUCAAAUGUCCAUCCCCAAAUCACAACUUAAUAAGGCGUGUAGUCUACCAGGCGGAGGCAUCCCCAUUGACGCCGUUGGCAUCGAGUUCUAUCUAGUUUCACUAGAAAAUAGGAAAGUGCUAGGCUUCCAGAAGAUGCUGGUGCAGGUUCAGGACUCUUUGAGCCAGACUGAGGUGCAGGAGCUUGUGUUUCUCUGCUCUGAUAUGCUCAAGAAAGAUCUCAGCAGUGUAGUCACAGCCAGAGAGCUGUUUUCUCUGCUGCAGAAUCAUGACCUGUUAUCAUCUGAUGAUUCAUCUCUGCUUGUUGAGCUGCUGAAUAUCAUCAAACAUGAUAAGCUUAUCCGAGACCUGCAAUUAAAUCCACAACUCUCAGGCAGUCGUGUCUCCCCAUACAGGAAGCUGUUAUUUGAAUUGUCAGAGAACAUCUCAGAUGAUGAACUAAAGAAUAUUAAAUUUUUGCUGUACAAGACUUUACCCCGCAAGAAACUACAGCAAGAUGUGACAACACUGCAGUUGUUUCUGGAAAUGGAGAAGGGAGGCUGCAUGAGUGCUGAUAACCUGGGCACUGUAGAAACAAUUAUCGGAAAUAUAUGCCCUCAUUUAAAGAAAAGAAUCAGUCUUUAUCAAAUGGAGAAUGGUGCUAGUGUUCCUGAAGAAGUGAAAUGCAGGGACAAGUCUGAUUCCCAGAAAAUCUCAAUACUCACUAGACCAGUUCCGCCUGAGGACACUGUAUGUACUACAUACCACCAAGGUGUGAGGUCUCAUGAAGAGCUGCUGCCCCCCGCAUAUUUUAAUCAGCCAAAGCCCAGUUGUCAUGAAACAGUGUCAAAGUCAAUGGAAGUGCAGAAGCUGAAGCGAUAUGACAUGAAUGGAGAUUGGAGAGGAUUUGCCUUGAUCAUCAACAACUAUGAUUUCUCACAAUGUCCACAUUUGAAUAACAGAGAGGGGACAGACAUAGAUGAGAAGAGUUUGGCUGCUGUGUUCAAGUGGCUUGGGUUUGAAACUGUGAUAAAGCAGGACUGCAAUAAGGACCGCAUGCUGAGUGCUCUGGAUGAACUGCGCAGUCGAGAUCACACUCAAGCCGACUGCGUGGUGUGCUGUGUGCUGACUCAUGGAUUUGGAGGUGGUCUGUAUGGGGUGGAUGGAGGGAAAGUCUUUCUAAAGGAGCUGAUGGAGAGACUGAAUGGUCAUCAUUGCCCUUCCCUCAAAGAAAAGCCCAAACUCUUCUUCAUCCAGGCCUGUCAGGGCAGUCAAAAUCAGCAAGUGGUCUUCCUUCAGCCGGAUAGUUCUAACAACACCUCAGACAUGGAAACGGGCCUCUUCUGUGAUGCUCAAAUACCCAGACAGUCUAUACCUGCAGGGGCCGACUACCUAUUGGCCAUGGCGACGGUGCCAGGUUAUGUCUCAUUCAGAGACAAAGUUAGAGGAACCUGGUUCAUGCAGUCACUGUGUCAGAACCUGCAGCAGCUUGUGCCCAGUGGUAUUGAUCUACUGUCCAUCCUGACUGAAGUGAACAACGAAGUGAGCCAGAAGGCUGACAGAACGGGAACCAGGAAGCAGAUGCCACAGCCAGAAUACACGCUGACGAAGAGAGUGGUGUUCCCUGUACCAAAAACACCUAUGCCCUCUUCAUCAUCCUUUAGCUGAAAUUUCAUCUGGAUUGCUAGGCAGAUGUAUGCGUGGUAGUAAAUUAUUCAUAAAGUCUUACUCAAAAACUGUAGGAACUCUUUUUAAAAAUGUUUAUAGUUUAUAUGUAUAAUACAUACUGUAUAAUUUAGUUUAAAUGCACAGGUGAUUAUAGAAAAUCGUGCAUGCUGAUUGGUUGAGAAAGUCAGACUAUUUCUUGAUAAUCACCUCGAGCGACUCAGCAAAAUGACGGCCGAUCACUUUGUCACCGGAAGUGAGGAAGAAUUACAGAUUAUGAAAGAAAAUGCUGUUCCUAAAAGCACUAAAGGUGCUACGAAGUUUAGUCUAAAACUUUUCAAAGGUAAGGUGGAAUUGUGAUUUAUCUAUUUCUAAGCAAAUUAAUUUAUGUGAGUCAGUAUAGAUAAGUAACACAAGCCUGCAUGCACCUUUUAUUACGUUUGCAUGCCACUUUUAAAGUUUGAAAUAAAUAAUUUUUUAAAUACAAUUAAAACAAAAAAAAAUCACUUGUGUAUUUAUACUAAAACAAUUAUCCGCCUCAGGCUCAGUGAACAUCGGUGAAUAAUAACCUCGACUUCACCUCGGUUAUUAUUCACUGAUAUUCACUUUGCCUUCAGCUAGUAAUUUUAUAUAAUAUAUAUUUUUUGACAUUUUAAGACAGGAUAAAUGCACACACUACUGACACUUUAUGAAAGACACAACUGCAGUAAACAGCAGAAUUGUAUCACCAUUGUAGCAUGUAGCACCUUCAUUUUCCUGUGUAUUACACUACAUGGGCGGCAUGGUGGUGUAGUGGUUAGCGCUGUCGCCUCACAGCAAGAAGAUCUGGGUUCGAGCUCCGUGGCCGGUGAGGGCCUUUCUGUGCGGAGUUUGCAUGUUCUCCCCGUGUCCGCGUGGGUUUCCUCCUGGUGCUCUGGUUUCCCCCACAGUCCAAAGACAUGCA